UCCACUUCACCUGCAGCAGGAUGCGCUCUCAUACCUGCUGCUUGCUCUCUGGUAUCUCCAGCGCUCCACUUCUCGUACCUGCAGCACAUGUGAAAUGGAUCCCAUGAUUUAACCAUGAGCUGGGCUGAGUUUGCUCUUCAAUCUUCUCCUUAUUCUCAUAUUUUGCCUACUUUGACAACUCUAAGUUCCUGAUGUCCGAAGUGGGGCAGAUUUAAGAACAGCGCUGAGUCCAGACGCAGCUGACUUCUACCUGUGCUUCUGUGGGAGAGUCGGAAGGACAGCAGGGUAACCAUGCCCACUCUGCCGAACCUCAACAGCCUGGGAAAGCUGUGCAGCUCCAGCCGCAGCCACAGCGUCCACCGGGUCAACCGGGUUCGGGUGAAACGCAAGAGCUCAGUGAAGCGGAUGUCCAUCAUCGAGGAUGGACACGUAGCUGAGGUCCUCUACCUCAUUCCCAAACAGUACGUGGAGCAGUUUCCCUUCCUCAACCCAGAUGAUUAUUACCUCAGUGAGAGGUUGAAUGAUGUCACUCCAGUGUCUCAUACUCAGGACACACACCACCACUCCAGCGAGAAGCCCCUGAUCCAGUGCUACAAGUGCGGGGAGCCAUGUAAGGGCGAGGUCCUCCGGGUGCAGAACAAACACUUUCACCUGAAGUGUUUCACCUGUAAAGUGUGCGGCUGUGACCUCGCCCAGGGGGGCUUCUUCAUGAAGAAUGGGGAAUAUCUGUGCAUGCUCGACUACCAGCGCAUGCACGGCACCCGCUGCAACGGGUGCGGGGACUUUGUCGAGGGAGAAGUCGUCACCGCCCUGGGCAAGACCUACCAUCCUUCCUGCUUCGUCUGCACCAUCUGCAAACGACCGUUCCCGGCCGGAGACAGGGUGACCUUCAACGGGAAGGACUGCCUGUGUCAGUACUGCAUUGAGCCCAUGUCUCCUGGACCGAAGGACAUCCUGGGUUCUAGCAAUUGCUCAGGAUGUGGCCGCGACAUCAAGAACGGUCAGGCUCUUCUGGCGCUGGAAAGACAGUGGCAUCUGGGCUGCUUUAAGUGUAAGGCCUGUGGCAAAGUGCUGACCGGGGAGUACAUCAGCAAGGAUGGCGCCCCCUACUGCGAGAAGGACUACCAGAUCCAUUUUGGAGUUCAGUGUGAGGCGUGUCAUCAGUUCAUCACAGGGAAGGUGUUAGAGGCAGGAGAUAAGCACUACCACCCCAGCUGUGCGAGAUGCAGCAGGUGCAAUCAGAUGUUCACAGAGGGAGAAGAGAUGUAUCUGCAAGGCUCGACAGUGUGGCAUCCCGGCUGCAAGAACACCACCAGAACAGAGGAGAGACACAGAGAGCGGCUGUUGCCUCCGUCCCUCUUAUUCCUCCAACAAACAGAAAGGCAGCCUACGAGGUCGUCGUCUGAGAGCAUUUGUUCCAGACCUGGUUCAAGCAUACCUGGCUCACCGGGUCACACCAUCUAUGCAAAAGUAGACAAUGAGAUCCUUGAUUACAGAGACCUAGCUGCCAUUCCAAAAGUCAAAGCCAUUUAUGACAUCGAGCGCCCCGAUCUUAUCACGUAUGAACCCAUGUACACAACCUCCCUGGACGAGAAAGACGAGAGACGAGAAUGUGUGGGAGAGCUCCACUCUGCUAGACGGGAACGUUCCCCGAUGCCCGAUGAUAAGUCGUCAAGAAACAUGUCGCCAACCCCAUCGGCCGAGAGUUUUUACGACAGGAGGGACCGCAUUCUCCAAAGAUCCACCAGUCAAGGCUCCAUAGGUUCCCCGGUAUAUAAUCGCCAUGGCUACACUCCCACCCUAUCACGGUCACCGCAGCAUUUUCACCGACCUGAAGCUCUGACAGGCAUGCAGAAGCUCUGUUCCUCCCUGUGCAGUAACAGUGUGGGCUCCAGAAAUAGUGACUCUCGUCCCACCUCCCCUUUCAGACACCACUUCCUCCCCCAUAGCCAAGGCCCCGACCCACCGAGUGGCCGGAGUUCCCCCCUGCCGCUCAGGCCCGACAGCCGGCCGGUCACCCCGCCUCUCUCUCAGACCCCUAAACAUUUCCACGUCCCAGAUCAGGGGAUCAACAUCUACAGAAAACCGCCCAUCUACAAACUUCAAGAUACAGCUGCCGUAGCUCAGCAAAGCAAGUCCGGUGAGGACAUCAUCAGAUCCGCCACCUUCCCUGCUGCCCAUGCUCCUUCCCUGGAUGACAGCUCCCGGAGUGAGGGCGACUGUUGGCCCCACUCUCUCGCUGUUUUAGGUUCAGAAGGAAGGAGGCGAUCUAGAGAAGAGGAGGAGGAAGAGGUUUUGAAAAGAAAGCAACUUCAGGAAGAACAUCUCAGUAAGAUUCAGUCUGGUCUGGGAAAACUCAUUCUGAAGGAGGAGAUGGAGAAAGAGCAGAUUAGGGAGCGGCACGCGCGCAGCCUCUCUGCUCAGCGCUACGAUCCCAAAAUGAACAACUGUGACGCAGAUCCAACGUCUCCAACCAAGACCAACUCUCUGCCUGGUUAUGGACGGAACGGUCUGCAUCGGCCUCAGUCUACAGAUUUCACUCAGUACAACAGCUAUGGAGACAUGUGUGGUGGAGGAAGAGAGUUUCAGCACAUUAAGGAUGGCCGUGCAGCACUUGCAAGGAUGGACAGGGGAGUAUCUAUGCCUAAUAUGUUGGAACCAAAAGUGUAUCCCUAUGAAAUGCUCAUGAUAACCAGUAGAGGGAGAGCUAAACUGCCAAGAGAUGUGGACAGAACCAGACUGGAGCGCCACUUAGCACCCGAAACGUUCUUUGAGAUCUUUGGAAUGGAGAUCCAGGAAUUUGACAGGCUUCCCCUGUGGAAACGCAACGACAUGAAAAAGAAGGCCAAGCUCUUUUAGUUGUUGUUGUUUUUUUUGUUUUUUUUUUCUAAUUUAUAGCAUGCAUUAUUCUGUACAUACAAUCAGAUAGCACACAGUUGUAAUCUAGAUGUAGGUUCUGGGUUAUUCCUUUUCUUUUUUUUUUUUUUUUUUUUUGCUUAUGUCACCUGGAUAUACCUGGGGAUGCCAAGAAAUGGACUGAUGUUGCGAUGAUGGACUUCAAUAAUGAAUGGAAACCUCUUCCAUGUUCAACAAAGAAUGAUGAGAAGGGUCAAGUUUUUUUUGCUUUGACUGCACUUAUUUUACCUCCUGCUUUGCUUUAAGUGAAUCCUUCCUUUACUUUACCGCUUGUUUUUCCCUAUUUGUUGCUGUUGAUUCCUGUGGAACUUUGUAAUUACAGUAGACCAUCAUGGCACAAUCACAAAAAUGCUCAUGCCUGUAGCUCAAAAGUGUGUCAACUUUUUGUUUUGCUUGGGCUGGAACAGUUUUAGCCCAAAGGUUUCAAGAAUCGGCUCAGUGAGUCUUUUAAGAUACAAUACGAUGAGAAAAGCCUGUGGGAACACGGUGAGCACACCCACCAACUGUCGGACUGGAUCUACGUGGAAAUGAAUCCUCCAAUAGCCGGCAUAUCACCAGUCUCCUUCCCCCUGGCUUCCAUGCACACAAAUUGUUCAUCUGAAUGGACAAAAAAAAAUUCUCUUUUCUCAGGCUCUCAUAAACAAAGUUAUACACCUUACCUUUACUUAUAUUGGAAGUAUGAAUCUUAUAUUUUAAGGCUGUUUCCAACAUGUAGUUACAUUAAGAUAGACAACACCCCCUAUUUCGAGAAACAACUGUAUUUGAAAGUAUUGUUUUAUAAAUGGAAAAAACACACUGCCAUUUGUUGUAUUAAAAUCUAAGCCAAUAAAGCUUUAAAUUGCCAUGAACCAUGAA